AUGGCUAGAACUUUUAGGGUAAUUCUCACUUGUGUUUUCUUCGCCUGUCUUCUCUCCUCCGCCACAGCACAAGAGCUUCUCGUCUCUCUUGACUAUGGCACUUUUCAGGGUUCGUACUCUUCGACGUACAACCUUAGUUACUGGAGAAAGAUUCCCUUUGCUGCUCCGCCGAUAGGCGAGAAUAGAUUCAGAGCACCGCAGCCACCAGCCCCAAUAACCAAUGGAACCUACAACUCGGAUCAGAGCUUUGACUAUUGUCCCCAAAGAACAGUCAACGGGUCAGAAGAUUGCCUCUACCUAGGCCUUUAUUCGCGCCCAUGGUCAACACCACAGCCUCUCCGCCCUGUCGUAGUCGUCUACUUCGGAGGAGCAUUCAUAGAAGGUGGCGGCUCCUUCACUCUCCCACCAGCCAGUUAUCCCGUCCUAAAUGUCUCAUCCUCCAAUGACUUCAUUUUCGUCUACCCAAAUUACCGCGUCAACGCCUUUGGCUUCCUCCCGGGCUCCCAGAUAGCCUCAGACCCAACCUCGGACCUCAAUCCCGGGCUCUUAGACCAACAAGCGGCCUUGAUCUGGGUCAACAAGUAUAUUGAGCAAUUUGGAGGCGAUAAAGGGAAUGUCAGUAUUUGGGGCCAGUCAGCGGGUGCUGGUAGUGUUGUCGCGCAGGUUAUUGCUAAUGGGGGAAAUACGCAACCGAGACUUUUCAGUAAGGCGUUAGCGAGUAGUCCUUUCUGGCCAAAGACUUAUGAGUAUGAUGCGCCGGAAGCACAGGCGAUAUAUGAUAGUCUGGUAGAGAUGACGGGGUGUGAAGGAGAGGAUAGUUUGAAGUGCUUGAAGAGUGUGGAUGUGCAAACGAUUAGGACUGCAGCGUUGAGUAUUAGUGGGAGUCAUACUUAUAAUACUAGUUCUUAUACUUGGGCACCAGUUAUUGAUGGGAAGUUCUUGACGCAGCCGUUGAGUCAGGCGACGAUUAAGGGGCAGGUUAAUAUUGAUAUCGGGUGGGGGAUGUAUAAUACGCAUGAAGGAGAGAAUUUCAUCCCACCGGGUCUAGCUUCAGCGAAUAAUAGCGGAACACCGCCUUUCAACUCCAGCGUUGCAUCUUUCAACACCUGGCUCCGAGGUUUUCUACUCGGCUUUUCAGACCGAAACAUAGCCCGAGUCCAAAACCUCUAUCCCGAAAUUGGAUCCUCAGAACUAAUUCCAAGUUAUAAUACCUCGUACACAAGAGCGGGUCUAAUAUACAGAGACAUCGUACUAGCAUGCCCGACAUAUUGGAUGGCCCGAGCGGCCCACAACAAGAGCUACGUGGGCGAAUACUCCAUCCCUCCAGCUAAACAUGCUAGUGAUACUAUCUACUGGAACCAAGUAAACGCCGUUCAGCAAACGCAACCGUUGAUUUAUGACGGCUUUACAGGCGCUUUUGCGUCCUUUUUCCAGACGGGCGAUCCGAAUGCGCAUAAGUUGACGAAUGCGAGUGAACCCGGUGUGCCGGAAAAUUGGAGGACGGGGGAGGAGUUUGUUAUUCUGGCGGAUGGGUUUCAGGAUUUGAAGGUGGAGAUGCUGGGUGAGAGGUGUGGGUUUUGGAGGAGUGUUAGUGCGGAUGUUCCGAUUUGAGGAGAGGUGGUUUGGAUUUCGGAAGGCAAGUGCGAUGUUGUCAAGGUAUGGGACAAUAAUGAGGUUAGUACCUCCAAUGAAGAGAUUGAUUGGUUGAGAAGGAAGGAAGUGUUCGUGACGAAGCUCUUCUUUUAGGACUGUGUCCGGUGCCUUUGAACGC